AUGCCUAAGAAAGCCGUCCCAGAACACCACACCCUCUUCAACGAUUCCUCUUCCAUCUAUGAAUCCUCCGGCGACGAACAAAGCGAUGGUCUAUACGACGAUAGCCCGCGCGUAGUUGAUGAAGAUUUCCACCAAUGUUACAUCUGCGGCUUCGCUUUCUACUCACAGAUAUACUCGGAUGACCGCUACGUUAACGAUAUAUCAGGUGUCGCGAUACCGUUGGAAAAUUAUGGACCCUUCCAUGUCCCAUGGAAGAAAGCGGAUGGUUUAAUUAGUGGACCUAGAGACGACGCUGAGCGCAAAAAGACCAUCGAACCAAUAAUUCCAAUAAGAGGUAAAAACAAAAGUCAGAUCCUUCAGGACUAUGAUGAUGAUGAGGAUGAGUAUCGAGUGUCCACCGAAUGGGUAGGGUAUCCUGUCCAUGCACGGUGCUGGGAGCUCCUGACGCACCAUCAGCUGGGGAUAAUUGCGGAAAAGAACCUGAAGAAUGUUAUGCAGGCUAUGAUACGAAGACACGAUCAAAAGAUGUGGAAACGCGUGUUUGGACUGCCGGAUGAAUGGUCAGACGGUAAAUGGAUACUACUUUCUUGCAUAACCCAUACAUACCACGUAUCAGCGGGUCUCUGA